CCAGUUCUGCAAACAAUGUAGCAAAGUGCUGAAUGUCAGCUGUAUUUAGGAGGAAAAAAACAGCCCAGUCUUGGGCAUUGCACGUACUCUGCACUGCUUAGAUCGCCCGUGAUCAGACAGAGGCGUAAUAAACUACACAGGAUUUAAUCAACAGCCCGAGUUCCCUUUGUCUUAAUUUUAUUUUUUAUUUUUUGUCCUGCAAAUUACAGUAAUGCGAAAGAGGAAUAAUUCGUUGACCGCGGAUCAAGAGAGCAUUGUCACGGCUAACAGCAACACACCGCUGGACAGCAGCUCGAACUUAAAAUACGAGCACAAGAAAACAGAAGUGGAUCUCGGAACCGAAGUUCUGUAUCAUCCUGUAGACACCGAUUCGAAAAAAACGACGAAGAGAAAAAUUAGAAGGAAUGGUCUGUUCUCCCGAUUAAAGAAGCUUCUCGUCUGGGUGAUUGGACUGUACAUAGCCAUUCCAUUCAUAAUAAAACUCUGCCCUGCCAUUCAAGCCAAACUGGUAUUUCUAAACUUUGUACGUAUGCCAUACUUCAUUGACUUGAAGAAGCCACAGGACCAAGGCUUGAACCACACCUGUAACUUCUACCUUCAACCAGAGGAAGGGCUCAAUAUUGGUGUCUGGCACACUGUCCCCGAGGCUCUGCAGAGGGAGGCUCAGGGAAAGGAACAGUCUUGGUUUGAAAGUACCUUAGACUCCUCCCACCACAUUAUCUUGUAUUUACAUGGCAAUGCUGGAACCAGGGGUGGGGACCAUAGAGUGCAGCUAUAUAAGGUCCUUAGUUCCUUAGGCUACCAUGUAGUCACAUUUGAUUACAGAGGGUGGGGGGAUUCUGACGGAAGCCCCUCCGAAGGCGGUAUGACUGCUGAUGCAAUCUUUAUGUAUGACUGGGUGAAAAAGAGGAGCAGAAGCCAUCCACUUUAUAUCUGGGGUCACUCAUUGGGAACAGGCGUAGCCUCAAACUUAGCAAGACAUCUGUCUGAAAGAGGGAGUCCUCCUGAUGCCUUAAUCCUAGAGUCUCCAUUUACCAACAUACGUGAAGAAGCUAAAAGCCAUCCUUUUUCAGUGAUUUACAGAAACCUACCUGGAUUCGACUGGUUCUUUUUAGACCCAAUAACUGCAAGCGGUAUAAGAUUUGCAAACGAUGAGAAUGUGAAACGUAUCUCGUGUCCUUUGCUGAUUCUCCAUGCAGAAGACGAUACCGUCGUUCCAUUUCAUCUUGGAAAAAAGCUUUAUACAAUUGCAGCUAGCUCUCCCAGCCUACGUGAACACAAAGUUCAGUUCAUUCCAUUCCAGAAGGCCCUCGGAUACAGACACAAGUUCAUCUACAGGAGUCCAGAGCUGCCACAUAUAUUGAGGGACUUCCUUAGCACAUCUGAGUCACGUGCAUAGUGUGGAGUCUGGAUUAUUAUCAGCAUGAGAAGACACUGUUGAUUUCUAUCAUUCCUUUAAAACAGAGAACUAAAAAAUAGAAAGAGAGAGAGCGAGACAGAUAGUUUGGGUCUGUUUUUGUUUUGUUUUUGAUUUUUAGUAUAGGAGGACAGCAUGUACUUUUAAGGUAAAAAAAUAAAUACAAAAAUGAAAAAGAAGAUCAAAUGCACUAACAAGCUUUAUUCUGCAAACUAAGGUCAUGGAUCUCACGAAACAGAUGAAGAAGAAAGAAGGGUCUUGGUGGGAUUAUUUGCACAUCAUAUCUAAAUAAUGUGAAAAUACUGUAGUUUCUUUGAAAUUAAUGUGCAUGAUCCGCUGUGAAUGAAAAAUCCAGUAUCCUAAAAACAAUGAGCUCACAUUUCUAGAUGUAUUAUUUGUUUAUAACAGGUCUUUAAUUCAAAGUGUUUUGCAUUUUUAUUUUAUGCAAUGUUAUGGCUAGCCAUUGAUUUAUUAAUACCUCAUUAUUUUUCUACAAACAUCUAACAUUCUCAGAUUGUGAAAUUUAACUCAAUACAAGGUAGCUUCUGUGGAUAAGUUGGAAAUCUGUAGUCCUCUCUUUCCGAAAAGGAAUAAAAAGGAAUAAAAAGAAAAGCCCUACCUGCUGUUUGAAGGGUUAUACCUGCAAAACUUUAUCUCCUUACUCAAAAUUUUAUUUUUUAAUUAAUCCAGCUCAAAGCGUCCACACUGAAGUACCAUUUCAUGUUUAUUCAGGCUUAAU